AAGAUGACAUCUACCUGUGGUGUGAGUCUGCAGACUUGUGAGGAGACAGCACUGGAGUACACAGUGCUCCUGUUUUAGGCUAGAUAGAGCCACAAGGUGGUCCAAAAGAAAUGACUUCUAAAACUGAUAGUCCUCCAUCCUAUGAGGACGCGUUGCAUCAUCCCAAGUCUGGUAACUACCCCUACCAGUCACAACAUGGUGCCCCUCUUCCCCCACCUCCAUCUUACAGCCCCAGCCCCAGCAUGAGCCUUGGCUCGCAUGGCUACUGGGGCCAGGGGGGCGUCUACCCUCAGGCCAGCAUGUAUCCAGGCCCUGGCUUCUCUCCAUCUGGGAUGCCCAUACCCACUCUGUCUGCUGGACUGCCUGCUUCCAACCUAGGAGACAUGGAAGAUUAUUUCAGCACCCAGUGGGAAAGCACAUCUAUUCGGCAUGCUUUCAUCAGAAAGGUCUACUUGAUUUUAACGGUUCAGCUUUUAGUCACCUUUUCAGUUGUUGCUGUCUUUACAUUUGUUGACCCAGUGAAGCUGUUUGUCAUCAAAUACCCUGGCAUCUACUGGGCAUCUUUUGUGGUUUAUUUUUUGGUUUACUGCAUUCUCAUCUGCUGCAAAGAACCAAGGAGGCGUUUUCCAUGGAAUCUCGUGCUGCUGGGGGUAUUUACUCUUGCCUUGUCUUACAUGGCAGGAACAAUUUCAAGCUAUUACGAAACAAAAGCUGUGUGUCUGGCUAUGGGAAUAACAGCAAUAGUGUGUAUAGCUGUGACAAUCUUCUGCUUCCAAACGAAGGUGGACUUCACUUCCUGUGGGGGAUUUCUCUGUAUCGCUGCGGUUUUGCUCAUGAUCAUUGGGAUUGUUACAGCCAUUGUGCUCUCCUUUAAAUACGUCCCCUGGCUGCAUAUGCUCUACGCUGCAAUCGGAGCCAUUGUUUACACUCUGUUUUUAGUGUACAACACACAGCUUCUUAUUGGGAAUCGGGAGUUGGCCAUCAGCCCAGAGGAGUACGUCUACGGAGCGCUUUCUCUCUACGUUGAUAUCGUCCACAUCUUCCUCUUCAUCCUUCAAGUCAGCGGCGCAGCAACCGAAUAAACCAAAGCUUUGAGGACAUGUUGCCAUCUAGAGUUUGGACUUACGGUGUGUUUGUUGACAGUAAUGUUACACAUGUACAAGAGUAUAAAUCAGGUUGCAGUAUUACUAUCAGAGUUGAAAUGAAUUUAAAUGAUUGUAUAUAGUUGUAUUUAUAUGUCAGUAACACUGGAGCACUUUGAAACAAGGCUGUUGACGUUAUAAAACCAAGUAUAAAUGAAGUGAAAUGCUUCGGCUUUGCAUUAUUGUUGUAAAUUACCAUUUAUGUGCAUGUUAAUCAAUGUAAGAGAGUCAUGAAUUUAUUUACACAGCGAUGUGAGAAAAAGCCCUCCUACUCUGACCCCCCUCCCCAAAAUACAAAAACAAAGCCAUAUAGUUGUUAUUAUCAGUGUUUAAUUAUAUCAGUUACUUACAAAACAUGUAUAGCUACAGUCACAUUAGUGAACACCGCAAUCAUUCUGUGCUGGUAGUAGGAGGGACCUGGAUCUGGAUGAAAGUAUUUCAAUCUGCUCAUGUUUAAAACCUCAAACACUGACCCACUGAUCAGAAGGUGAAUUAAGUGUGUGUAGCCUUCUUGAAUAACUUAUUUCUUCUCUUUUUAUUGUAUCUCUUGUCAAUUGUUAGAAAACUACACACCUCUCAAUAAAGUACUCCCCACUG